ACUAAUUUAAAAGUUCAGAGAACUCCUAAGUUAGUGAGCGUGGUAAGCCGCUCGCUUAUAAUUUACUGUAUAACAUAAAUAAAUUUAUCAUAGAUGCACAGAUAAGGUACUCAAUAUAUAAUAAUAAUAUAUUUUAUAUAUAAUAUAUCUCAAAGGCAUCAUUCAAAACUUCCACUAGCGCCAUCUAGGUGUAAUUGUGACACUUGCUGAUUUUGUGAUUCGGCCAAUGGGAUCCGACUACUGCGUGAGUUGAGGGCACCACUGUCACCACUAUCCACACUGUAAUGUCACUAUGCCUUGUUAAUAUGUAAUGUACUAUCGCUUUUGGGCCGAUACAUGGCGAUCAACGGAUCAAGCACACAAUUUUCAGCUUCGAUACUUUUUUUAGUAUCGUUGUUCAGAUGGUGAAAUAUUAAUGUGAAUUAUUCUCCAAGCACACUUGAGAUAACUGCUAAUGCCUAUGUGAAGUGAUGUUUUCCUGCCGUGAUCAACUAAGCUUUGGUGACCAAUCACGUCAACUGAGCUGGUGGCAGCUUGCAGCAAUUCCUGUACAUCGAAGAAGGAGCCCUAGUCUGGACUCAGGUUAACUCAGAUGGGGUAUCCUGUUCUCCCAUCCCUCUGAUUUUACACCUGUAUGUACAACAGAGCUUGCUCGAGUAAUGAAUUUAUUACCGGAGUUCAAAAAGCGCAAUGUAAAAGUUAUUGGCUUAUCAUGUGACUCUAUAUCUUCUCAUACAGAAUGGUGCAAGGAUAUCAAAUGUUAUGGAGGUUACAAUGAAGAAUAUAAGUUUCCAUAUCCAAUUAUUGCUGACAAUGACCGUGCACUUGCAAGAAAGUUAGAGAUGAUGGAUAUGGAUGAGUUGGAUCCAGCUGGAAUACCACUAACGGCUCGUGCUGUUUUCAUUGUGGAUCCCAACAAGAAAUUUCGCCUGUCUUUUUUAUAUCCUGCUACUACUGGAAGAAACUUUGAUGAGAUAUUGCGUGUACUGGAUUCUUUGCAACUGACUGAUAAAGCCAAGGUCGCUACCCCCGUAGAUUGGAAGAUGGGAGAUGACUGUAUGGUGCUGCCGACUUUACCUGAAGACCAGGUGACCAAAGUUUUCCCACAAGGGGUCACAGUGGUACCCCUUCCCUCGGGCAAGAAUUACCUGAAGAAGACUUCCUGCCCAAAGAUAUAAAAUUUUUAUAUGAUGAUACUAUGAUAUGAUUUUGAUAUAAUAAUACUGUUAUAAAUUGUACCGCAUGUACCUUAUUUCAUUGUAUUUUUUUAAAAUAAACAAGUUAAUUUUAA